ACUUUGGUAGACGCAAACUGCUCUUGUCGAGCAUACACUCCAACUUAUUGCACAAACAAGGCCCUUGAUAGCACGCCCAAACAUGACUACUGACGACAUAAUCUCGCUCAAGUCAAGGCAAAAGCGCCGUCUCUAUGAACCCAUAGUCCUGUACAAGGCUCUUACUGAGAUCACCCACGAACAAGGCGCUCUUCGCCCUGCUGAGGUCCCAGAUCGUCCAAGAACCGAAGAAGAGCGAUAUCAUCACUUUCUUCACAAACUAGCCAGUAUCUGCGAUAGCACAAAAGGCGGCAAGACCGUCACUUCAAUCGCUAUACUCGACGAGGAAGAAAAGUACAAAUACGUCUUUGCUUGCAAUCAGAUCUCCGAUGGAGACCUCGACGACACACGAGAUCUCCUGACAACGGUUCUGACAAGUCUGUGUGACUUCCAUACAUUUCCUCUGGCGAAGAAGAACACUGUUCAGAGUGAAACUCUGAAGAAGAUUCUCUCAUUCAACUCGCCUAGGAUCAACUUCUAUCUGAACGUACUGAAGGCGAGGAGCAUUGCGGAUUGCUUGGAGUACUGCCAGCUGCAAACAGACACAGCCGACACCUCGGUUGAGGAGGGUUUGAGGACUCUUGGUAGUGUUAUCGAGGAUUUAACAUUCAAGAACAUGGGCGAUAACGAGUACUUAGAAACUUACAGCACGAUUCAGUUUGUGCUCGACAGGUUUCUUACCCGUGACGUCAAGAGCUACAUCGACAUACGAGCCACCAACGGCCGCUUCAGCGAAGGCCGGAGCUUCGUAUGCUGGUCUGAGUUGCGACACAGCAUAUCACGUCUUCAGAGCUACAAGAAAACUGUUCAAGAUCUCAUCGCAGCAGAGACAGAAUGGCCAGAUAUCUUCCAGGAGUUCGAAGUUGUUCCAGUAAAGUCCAGCCAGGCAGAACCCAACCCUCUUGGCAAGAAGAGCGAAAAAGCUUCCAACAUCAUCGGGCGUAUGAGCAGCAACGAAGCUUCACGACAGCAAUAUUGCGAUCUUGCAGAGAACCUGCAGAGGAUGUUUGACUUAGAUGACCGUAUACAAACUCAGUGCACCAAAUUUACUUUCAGGCCAAUCGUACACUGCGAAAUAUUGGUUCUCGAGUGGAUAAUGGCCCUCAACCGAGGACUGGCCCGGGAACAUCAUCCAAGGGUCACUUUCUUCCAUGACUGGAGCUACAUUGGGAGCAGUAAGCCGGCAUGCCAGCUUUGCCGCUACUACUUCGACACUGCAGGCCAACACAACGGUAUCCGCACUCGAGCAGGCCAUGGUAACCUUUACAUCAACUGGCGAUUUCCAGAUCUUCACGAAUCCGACGGGACUUUAGGUCAAAAACGACGACAGAGCAUCUUCAACUCAAUGAUAGAGAAGAUUCGGCAGGAUGCUUUUGGGAUCUUGGUCCUGAGGAACUCCGAGGGUAAAAGGCAUGACUCGAGCACUCACCCUCUUAUGUCGGUGCGGUAUACGGAUGUUCAGACGGAAUUGAGUGUUGGUGAUCUGCCCGAUGUCGAGGAACUGGGCGAGGGUUUUGCUACGGGGCUCAGUCUGGACUCGCCGAAUAACAGUCUGGAGGAGUCGGACUUUGAUGAUGAGGAUGGUGGAACUAGUCUUUGAUGAGUGUUGCUUUAUUUCGAGGUGUAUAUUUUGUGACUUUAUUUCUCUAAGCUGUAUCUCGUUUCUCUCGUCAACAUGUAUCCCUAUAACUUCGAUAAUGUAUGCUUCAGUG